AUGAAGCCAGAAACUCCGCACGAGCCAGAAACGGCUGCACCUACCAUGAAGGCUCCGCCCACUACGCCGUCACGCAAUGAGUCGCUUCCGGAGAAAAUGAAGGGACUUUCGGUGUCGACUAAUAUACCCGAAGACCGACCAUCGUCGUCCAGCGACGCACCCCCUCCGCCGCCGGCUAAGGACGAAGUCUACCUCAACCCAGCUAACACCAACAAACCUACGCAUCCUCCGCAAUCUCCAAUCGAUCUAUCUUCGGAAUGGAACGAGAAAGAGCUGCCGGAUGUUCCUGGGGGGCAAGUGCUAGGUGACAACAAGGGAAUGCUAGGUGCGGAAGAUGGCCGGGACCAAGACUCCUCGCAGCCCGAAAUCCAGAGCAUUAUGGGACAAUUUCAGGAAGGUCCAGAGCAGCUAAUCUCGCCACGUUUGGAACUUGCUGAACAGUUCUUUGGUAAUUACCCACCUCGCAAAUCAAGCUUGGACCACAAAAAGAAAGUCGAAGUCGCCCCUGGCCCGGCUGGAACAGCACCCUCUUCGUCCGAAAAGCAGCCUGCACGCGCCCCUAGCAACCCACAUAUACACGAUGAAGAUAUGUUAAGCCGGCGUUCCUCAAGUUCUACAGCACCUCCACCACCUGAGCCUGAGAAACGAUUCGACUUUCAUCGAUUCCUGGAACAACUACGUCAUCGUACUGCAGACCCUGUUGCUAAAUUCCUGCGCUCGUUUCUUCACGAAUUCGGAAAGAGACAAUGGAUGGUCCAUGAACAGGUUAAGAUUAUUAGUGACUUCCUGGCGUUCAUUACGAACAAGAUGGCUAUGUGUGAGGUUUGGAGGGACGUUUCGGACAAUGAAUUCGAUAAUGCCAAGGAGGGAAUGGAGAAGCUUGUGAUGAAUCGAUUAUAUUCGCAGACAUUUUCCCCGGCUAUCCCACAACCACCCUCGAUCCCGCGGAGUGCAAGUCGAAGCAAGCGGAGAGAACUUGAAAGGCUUCAUGGGCCGUGGAGACGAGGUCAACACCAGGAAGAUAUUGAGCGGGAUGACGUCCUCGCACAGAAGAUGAAGAUCUAUAGCUGGGUACGGGAAGAGCAUCUGGAUAUUUCGUCAGUGAAUAAUCAUGGUCGUCGAUUUCUUAAUCUAGCGCAGCAAGCAGAGCUCAUGAAGAUCAACGGGUACCGGGCACCGCGCGAUAAGGUUAUUUGCAUUUUGAAUUGCUGCAAAGUUAUUUUUGGUCUACUAAGGAAUUCCAAGAAAGGAGAUACUUCGGCUGAUUCAUUCGUGCCACUGCUGAUUUUUGUGGUGCUACGAGCCAACCCUGAACAUUUGGUUUCUAACAUUCAGUAUAUUCUUCGUUUCCGCAACCAGGAGAAGCUUGGGGGGGAAGCAGGCUACUAUCUGUCUUCAUUGUCUGGAGCCAUUCAAUUCAUUGAAACACUUGACAGGACAAGUUUGACAGUGAGCGACGAAGAGUUUGAGCACAAUGUCGAGGCUGCUGUAUCUGCUAUUGCCGAGCAGAACCGCCAAACCGAGACCAUGGAGCAGAAAGCAGCAGAGCGUUCGGACAGUCCGCAAGAGUCAGCGCGGAGUUCUGUCGAAGGUCAGCGGAACAUGGGGCGAAAGGAUCCAUCCAGCGACGAAGAUACGGCGCCGGUCGCCGGGUUGCUGCGGACUAUUCAGAAGCCAUUGUCGACAAUCGGAAGAAUGUUCUCAGACGAGCCGGAUUCGCCGCAAGAUCGACACUCACCGUCUGGCGCAUCACCUUUAUCUCCGGCACCCCCGCGACUUUCUCCUAACGUGUACCAACCUCCUCGUCAUAGUACUGAGGAACGACGGUCAGGUGAGAGGCCACGGGCACAGCAGCAUCUUGAACGUGUUUUGGAUGCACAGGAUGCGGCUGCGCGUCAAGCCAGCGCGGAAGAUGCACAGGCGCGGCAGAUACAGCGUGUGGAGCACAAUGAUGUAGUAGAAACAUUGUCAAACAUGUUUCCUAAUCUCGACCGGGAAGUCAUUGACGAUGUGGUCAAGAUAAAGCAGGGGAGGGUUGGUUUAGCUGUGGAUGCAUGUCUUGCCUUGAGCGCUGAGUAG